UCUCCCUCUCUCUCUCUCUCUCUCUCUCUCUCUCUCUCUAUCUACGGAGUGACGUCGGUGUUAAGAAGAAGAUGGCGGCGCCAGGAAAGGCGGAAGGUGUAUCGCAGUGUGGACCUAUGUGGUGUGUGAGGUGUGUGUAGUGCUGCUGGUUGGAGUGAGUCGUCUAGUCAUCAUGAACAAUAAGGAGAGCGAGAGAGACAGCACAAAAGAGUCAGAGAACAGUCGAGGCCAGAUGAAGGUGUUUCUGCCGAACAAGUUGUUGGAGCGUCUUCCUCAAACCACCUCCCUACCCAAGGAGAGACUACGAUGGAACACCAACGAGGAGAUCGCGUCCUACUUGAUCACAUUUGACAGACAUGAAGAGUGGCUAUCCUGCUCGCUCAAGACCAGGCCCCAGAAUGGCAGCAUCAUCCUGUACAACAGGAAGAAGAUCAAGUAUAGGAAGGAUGGCUACUGCUGGAAGAAGAGGAAAGAUGGGAAGACCACCAGAGAAGACCACAUGAAGCUCAAAGUACAGGGCAUAGAGUGUCUCUAUGGUUGCUACGUCCAUUCUUCCAUCGUCCCAACAUUCCACAGGAGGUGCUACUGGCUGUUGCAGAACCCAGACAUGGUGCUGGUUCACUACCUGAAUGUUCCGUCGCUGGAGGAUCAUGGGAAGGCAUGCGGCCCGUUACUAUGUGCCGUUGCCGACCGCCGAGACUCGCUACGUUGGAGCCGAGACGAACUACUGGCCCAGCUCAAACCUAUGUUCCACAGCAUUAAGUGGUCAUGUGGAGAAGGUUAUGGAUCAUCAGAGUUCUCUAUAGAACAACUGGCUCAACAGAUCCUGGAGUCACAACAGACCAAACCUCAGCCUCGCACACACACCUGUCUCUGCAGCUCCACACUGGCGUCUCCUGGAGCUAACAUUCCCCACCGCUGUAACAGCACCAAACAUCGCAUUAUCUCCCCCAAACUGCCCGCUACCCGCCCUGCCAUGUCAGCCUCACCCCUGGCCGAGGGGGAGACAGGAGGGGGAGACAUCCCUGCAGGCGGCGAGAAGAAACCCUCCCCCCACACACACCCUCCCCCCUCACACACACACCCCCAGGUAAAGCGUGGAGGGUCUACCAGCCUGGUAGGGAGACAUGAGGGAGUCUCUUCCUCCCCCUCUCCCCCCUCCUCCUCCUCCUCCUCCUCCUCCUCAUCAUCCCCCCCUCAGGCUCACCGCACAGCAACCAUCGCCGUCAGCAACGGCACCACCAACAGUUUCUAUGGUGACCAGCGGGGCCUGACGACGGUUGCCCUGCCGCAGAAUGCGGUGAUCGUCAUGACUACGGCGGGGGUCAUCGGGACGCAGGGUGGAGGAGAGCGGGAGUCGAGUCUGUCUCUCACCCAUUCAGGUCAGCUGGUACUCUCCCCCGUCCCCCCUAAACCAGACACCCCCUCCCCCCCAACCCCACCUGCUCCACCCACCCCCUCCCCCCCCACCCCCGGGGUGGCUACUCUCAGCCUCACCCUCCUGUCCUCACCCGUUAUAGGGGGACUACUCCUCACUCCAUCCCCCUCUCCAUCCCUCCUGCACCCUCUCCCUCCUGCCGCCCCCUCUCCCUCACCCUGCCGACCUCCUGUCUUCGAUCCAGACUCCUUUCUGAACAGUCCUAAACAGGGUCAGACCUACGGAGGCACUCUGCCCCCCUCCUCACCCUCUCCUCCCCCCUCCUCCUCCCCACAUGCACCCUCCCUCGCUCUCUCCCUCUCCCCCACCUCCCCUCCCUCCUCUCUCUCAUCUCUCUCUUCUGAGGCAGAGAGGAAGAAUGAAGAGAGAGAGGUGCCCCAGACCUCUACCCCUUCCUCCUCCCUCCCUCCAUCUCUUUCUCUAUCCCUCUCUCCGUCCCACUCUGCCCCUUCUUCCUCCCUCCCUCCAUCUCUUUCUCUAUCCCUCUCUCCUUCCCACUCUGCCCCUUCCUCCUCCCUCCCUCCAUCUCUUUCUCUAUCCCUCUCUCCGUCCCACUCUGCCCCUUCCUCCUCCCUCCCUCCAUCUCUUUCUCUAUCCCUCUCUCCGUCCCACUCUGCCCCUUCCUCCUCCCUCCCUCCAUCUCUUUCUCUAUCCCUCUCUCCGUCCCACUCUGCCCCUUCUUCCUCCCUCCCUCCAUCUCUUUCUCUAUCCCUCUCUCCUUCCCACUCCGCCCCCUCUCUCCUGCCUCUGUGUCUGGAAUCAGCGCUGGGCCUGGGCCCUCUGGGGGAGACGGAGGGGGAGAGGGGGGAGGAGGGGAGAGAAGAGGGUCACCCGCCCACCAAACUGGCUCUCCUCCAGCGAGGCCAAUCCCACCAGCCGUCGUCGUCAGGGCAACACCACAGAAAAGCAUCGUCAUCGCUGCUCCUGAUUCGCCACGAAACGCAGCAGACCCCUCCCACUCAGCAGAUGGCGCCCAAUCAGCAGCCUCACAGGCAGGACGGAGAGCAGCCAUUGGUCGUCCUAGAGCCCAAAGAGCUCCAGCAGCACCUCCCCCAACCCAUGACCUCUAUGAACUUUGACCCCAACCCAACCCCGACCCCACUGAACCAGACCCAGAACUACCGCUCUCAGCUCCUACUGCUGCAACGUAGACUUCUGCAGAGUCAGGAGAUGGAGAGGGAGGUGGAGAGGGAGAGAGAGGUGGAGAGGGAGAGAGAGAGGGAGGCGGAGAGGGAGAGGGAGGCGGAGAGAGAGAGGGAGGGGCAGCUCUUACCCCUGUUUGCUAACAUCAACAACGUGGCUAAUGCAAACAUGGCUCUUUCGACUACUGUUAGUAUGGACAGUGCUAACGCUAAUGCCGCUACGGGUAAUGUUAACAUGACCAAUGUGACUAAUGGGCGGGUCAGAGUAAAGGAGGAGAGGGGGCGUGGCUACGAGGCAGAGGACACACCCAUGGACACGGGUCAAAGGUCGGAGGUCACGGAUGGCUCGGAGGAGCUAGAGAUAUCGUUCGACAGCCAGUUCCCUGACCUCAUCUCUGAGCUCAUCACAGAGGCCGACGCCCCAAACACACACACGCACACACGCCCCAACACACACACACACACACACACCUCGGUCCUCGUCCCGAACCCGGCGCCCACCAGUCUGUUCCCCACGGGGGUACGUUACAUGGUUCCUCCCCAGCCCUCCCCCUCAUCCUCCUUCCUCCCCUUCCCCCCUCUUCCCCCUAACAACGGGAGUGAGCUACAACGCCUAGCAACCAUCACAGACUUCUCCCCCGAGUGGUCCUACCCAGAGGGUGGUGUGAAGGUGUUGAUAACAGGCCCCUGGUUGGAGGCUACUGGACGUUACAGCUGUGUGUUUGACCAGAGCACCGUCCCUGCUUCACUUAUUCAGCCUGGAGUACUACGGAGCUACUGCCCUGCCCACGAGGCAGGGUUGGUAUCUCUGCAUAUAGUGGAGGACAGUGGGUCUGUCUCUUCGUCUGUUCUGUUUGAAUACAGAGCUAGAAACGCCUCGUCUCUACCCAGCUCUCAGCUGGACUGGCUGUCUCUCGACGAUAACCAGUUCCGUAUGUCCAUCCUGGAUAGACUGGAGCAGAUGGAGAGGAGGAUGGCUGAGAUGUCUGCCACCAACCCACACACACAGCCGCCGCCACAAUGCCAGCGGAUCAGCACACUCUCCCCACACACACCUCCACCCUCUACACCCGAGAACAGAAGCCAGUCAGGCCCAUGGUUUGAGAGGAGGAUAGUUGGAGUGUGUGAGAGGAUGAUGGAGGGAGGGCGGUGGGGAGGAGGAGGAGGAGGAGGAGGAGAAGAGCGCCUCGCUCACUCCAUACGCCACAGAGGGAUGACACUGCUCCACCUGGCCGCUGCACAGGGAUACACACACCUCAUCCACACACUCAUCCACUGGAGGAGUGUCAACAGUGACAGUCUGGACGUAGAGCAGGAAGUGGAUCCUCUCACCGUCGAUCAUUUCUCCUGCACUCCUCUGAUGUGGGCUUGUGCUCUGGGUCACCAGGCAGCGGCCGAGGUCCUAUACGGGUGGAACAGCCAGGCGCUCGGAAUCCCCGACUCACUAGGUCGCCUCCCCCUCGCAGUCGCACGCUCCCGCGGACACACGUGCCUCGCCCGCGCGCUGGAGGACCUACACACACACAGCCCCGACUCGCACACACCCACAGAGAGGGCCGAGGGUGGGGCUCAGGGGGAGCAGAGGACCACCCCGUCUCCGCUGUCCACCAGUCCUGACACAGGUCUGAGUUCGUCCAGUAGUAUUCCCUCCCCCUCUCUCUCCCUCCCCUCCCCAUCUCUCAGCUCAGCCUACUCUAGUGGGUCUGUACCCCUCUACAACCCUCCUGACCCAAUGGAUACCUCCCCAUCCUCCCCCUCUCUCUCCCUGUCCUCCCUCCCCCUCUCCCCAUCCUCCCCCUCUCUCUCCCUGUCCUCCCUCCCCCUCUCCCCUCCCUCCCCCUCUCUCUCCCUCCCUCUGCCGGUAUGGGGCGAGGCCUGUGGAGGUUGUGAAGCUGGGGACUCUAGUUUGAACGCUGGGCCCAUGGACUACGAACCGGCCUCUCCCCCCUCCCCUCCCGGACCUCCACACUCACACACACCCCCCCGUCGCUCACACACACACACCUUCGAGGAGCAGGUGAGCUUCAAUGAGAACGCAGAGAACGAGGAGGAGUUCCUGCCUGCUGAGGUGUUACAGGUUGACAUGGCAACGUUAGCAGAACAGAUCAUCGAGGCGACUCCUGAGCGAAUCAAACAAGAGGAAUUGUCCAUGGGGGCGGAGUCACCGCUCAGGGAGAGGCGGGACAACACGGUGAUACCCGACACCAUGCCUUGGUUGGCCACUUACCUGGACACUCACACACACUCCUCUCUGUCGAGAUGUGUGUACCCCCCCUCCCACCUCAGUACCCUGGCCCUCCAGAGGCUGCGGCCCCCCAGUAGUGCGGCGUGGGCGGAGUUCCUGAACGCCUCGGCCAAUGGGAGGAUGGAGAGGGACUUUGCUCUGCUGACUCUGACAGACUCUGAGCAGAGAGAACUGUAUGAGGCUGCACGCAUCAUCCAGAACGCCUUCCGACGAUACAAGGGUCGGAGGUUGAAGGAACAGCAGGACAUGGCAGCAGCUGUCAUCCAACGAUGCUACAGGAAGUACAAGCAGCUAACAUGGAUAGCUCUGAAGUAUGCUCUGUAUAAAAGGAUGACUCAGGCAGCGAUACUGAUCCAGUCCAAGUUCCGUAGUUACUAUGAGCAGAAGAAAUUCCAGCAGUCUAGACGUGCUGCGGUUCUGAUCCAACAGUACUACCGCAGCUACAAGGAGUAUGAACGCCUCAAACAGGGACCAAGAGGGUCCGGAUCACACAACCCAAAACUGAAGGGUUCCUUCCUGACUAAGAAGCAGGACCAGGCUGCCAGGAAGAUCAUGAGAUUCCUACGACGAUGCCGACACCGGAUUAAAGAGUUGAAACAGACUAAGGAGUUAGAGAGGAGAGGGCUUACCACCUAACUCCUCCUUCAUCCUGCUAUCUGCCACAGGAGAGAGGGAUGACUGAUGGAGAAGAGAGAGAGGCCUGUCUGCCCUCCUCCCUUUAUUCUCUCCCUCCCUCCGCUGGGGUCGCUCAUCACCCCAUCCAGCUGUAUGCCUCUGUCACUCCUCCUCUCUUCCUCCUGUACUCCUCUCAUCCUCCUGUACUCCUCUCCUCCUCUUCAUCCCUCUCUCAUGAUGAAGUCAUGCUACUUCUGCAAGAAUGCAAACGGCGCCGGGAUGGAGAGAGAGACUCCUGCCUUAACCCCUGUUCCGCUGCGGAGAGGAGGGACCUGCCUGAAUCUGUUCGUUCUUUAUAUGAACAUGUUUUUAAAAAUCUAUUUCUGGGCAAAACAAGACAACUGCAGCUUCUAACUGAAUGUAUGGAACGUAAAUAUAUAUAUAUAUAUAUACACAUAUAUAUUCUACAGAUAUCAAAUACUACAUGUCACUGCUUUUGUGUUAUUCAUUGGGUCAGGUAUUGUACGUGUAUGAAGUGAUAUCCACUGAGACAGUAGGACUGAACAGAACACUUAAAGUCUUAAAACAGGGCGAUAUCCUCACCCUAACUAACUAACCACCUUUACACACAACUAGAUGGGUUGGUAUAGAACCUCUAUAGAAUGGCAUUACAACCAUGUACAUGUAGAUAGAACCAGAACCAGUAUAGAUCUAGACCACCUAGAGAGAAACCACAUAAUGUUAGUGUAGAUAGAACCAGUAUAGAUCUAGACCACCUAGAGAGAAACCACCUCAUGUUAGUGUAGAUAGAACCAGUAUAGAUCUAGACCACCUAGAGAGAAACCACCUCAUGUUAGUGUAGAUAGAACCAGUAUAGAUCUAGACCACCUAGAGAGAAACCACCUCAUGUUAAUGUAGAUAGAACCAGAACCAUUAUAGAUCUAGACCACCUAGAGAGAAACCACCUCAUGUUAGUGUAGAUAGAACCAGUAUAGAUCUAGACCACCUAGAGAGAAACCACCUCAUGUUAAUGUAGAUAGAACCAGUAUAGAUCUAGACCACCUAGAGAGAAACCACCUCAUGUUAAUGUAGAUAGAACGAGUAUAGAUCCAGACCACCUAGAGAGAAACCACCUCAUGUUAGUAUAGAUAGAACCAGUAUAGAUCCAGACCACCUAGAGAGAAACCACCUCAUGUUAAUGUAGAUAGAACCAGUAUAGAUCCAGACCACCUAGAGAGAAACCACCUCAUGUUAAUGUAGAUAGAACCAGUAUAGAUCUAGACCACCUAGAGAGAAACCACCUCAUGUUAAUGUAGAUAGAUCCAGACCACCUAGAGAGAAACCACCUCAUGUUAGUGUAGAAAGAACCAGUAUAGAUCUAGACCACCUAGAGAGAAACCACCUCAUGUUAGUGUAGAUAGAACCAGUAUAGAUCUAGACCACCUAGAGAGAAACCACCUCAUGUUAAUGUAGAUAGAUCCAGACCACCUAGAGAGAAACCACCUCAUGUUAGUUUAGAUAGAACCAGUAUAGAUCUAGACCACCUAGAGAGAAACCACCAGGUAUCCCAAAGUCUUAAAGAAACGAACCAACCAAUCAACUGACUGAGACCGUUUUACUAACUAGUCAGUUAUAGAAGCUAGGAGGAGUUUGAUGAUAAUGAAGAUUGGUUGGUUGCUGUAACGUUGCAGGGUGGUUGUAGGAGGGUUUGGUCUGCGAGACUAAACUUCCUGAUCCUUUACAUUAUCAGGGUUAGAGGUCAGGCUGACACAACGUCCUUAACUCAUCCUUUACACUGUCAGAGUCAGGGGUUAAAGGUUAGAGGUCAGGCUGACAACGUCCUUAACUCAUCCUUUACUCUGUCAGAGUCAGGGGUUAAAGGUUAGAGGUCAGGCUGACACAACGUCCUUAACUCAUCCUUUACUCUGUCAAGAGUCAGGGGUUAAAGGUUAGAGGUCAGGCUGACACAACGUCCUUAACUCAUCCUUUACUCUGUCAGAGUCAGGGGUUAAAGGUUAGAGGUCAGGCUGACACAACGUCCUUAACUCAUCCUUUACUCUGUCAGAGUCAGGGGUUAAAGGUUAGAGGUCAGGCUGACACAACGUCCUUAACUCAUCCUUUACUCUGUCAGAGUCAGGGGUUAAAGGUUAGAGGUCAGGCUGACACAACGUCCUUAACUCAUCCUUUACUCUGUCAGAGUCAGGGGUUAAAGAUCAGGGAUUGAGCACAAUAAAUCAGAAUAUUAAAUAUUUUUGUGUCUCAGGAGAUCAAAUGUUAAUUUGACUGAUUUUGAAAAAUGCAGUGUCUUCAACCCCUUCUGACGGACACGGCAGAAAGAUGUUUCACAAUUAUUACACACACUGGUUUAUACACUGAUUACAUGUAUUCACGGUUUAUAAACUGUGUUCAUGGUUUAUAAACUGUGUUCAUAGUUUAUAAACUGUAUUCAUGGUUUAUAAACUGUGUUCAUAGUUUAUAAACUGUUCAUGUAUUAAUGGUUUAUAACACACUAACAGUUGAUAAACAGUCUAGGGCGGUAGUAACGCUUAAUACUCAUUUUCUACUAUUGCACUCUAUUAAAACCUACCAACUCUGAAAGAGAAAACCAAAGCAGCUGUAGACGUUAUAGAAGGUCUGACUGGGCUUGGUUUGGGUGUACAUACUGUAACAUACCAUGCCGUCUGGUUGAAGAAUCAUUAUGUCCUUGAUCUCUCUGCUUGCUUGACUGAUGAACCUUGGGCUAUUCCCAAUGGGCCCCUAUUCACUAUGUAGUACACUACCCAUAGGGCUCUGGUCUAAAGUAGUGCACUACCAUAGGGCUCUGGUCUAAAGUAGUGCACUACCAUAGGGCUCUGGUCUAAAGUAGUGCACUACCCACAGGGCUCUGGUCUAAAGUAGUGCACUACCCAUAGGGCUCUGGUCUAAAGUAGUGCACUACCCCUAUGGGCUCUGGUCUAAAGUAGUGCACUAUAUAGGGAAUAGGGGACCCAGCUAUGAGAUUAUUACUACUGGUGUUAUGUUAAUAUAUUAAAUGACUGAGUUGAUUUAUUUUGCAUGAGUUUGUAACAGUUUUUACAUUUUCAAAACUUUUCAAAAAUAUUAUGAAGUAUUAAAGAGAUUACGUGUCUA